AUUAGACUCUAUACUCUCCGUUUUUACUGCCAGUCACUGAUCAACAUCUUUCGAGUACUCGACAUCCAUAAUCACAUCCCAGGGGCUAGGGCGCUUGGAGUCUUCAAGGUUCAGAAAUCCGCAUUUCGGAUUCAAAGGCUUUUUCAACCUGUCACCCUGACGAGCGCAGAGUGGAACAGAGUCAGAGUCGACCAACACGAGUCACACGCAUGCAGGAGGCAGAGGAGCAAGACACAUGUCGAAUCUGUAGUGCGCCUGGGGACUCGGAUCAGCCGCUCUUUUAUCCUUGUAAAUGUUCUGGGACUAUCCGGUAUAUCCAUCAAGACUGUUUGACGACAUGGUUAUCCCACAGCAAGAAGAAAACCUGCGAUGUCUGCAAACAUCCAUACUCCUUUACCAAAGUAUAUGCAGCUGAUAUGCCCUCGACACUUCCACCACUUCUACUGUGCCGUCGCCUCACACAACAAGCUUUGUUUGGCGCCCUUUUUGGUCUGCGGGCUAUAAUGGUCGGAACUGUCUGGCUCGCCGUACUACCGUGGAUCACCAUUUGGACAUGGAGAGUUUAUUUCACGAUGGGCGAGUCAACUGCAUGGUGGAUAAGUGGUCGUGGUCGACCAUAUGCUGAUUUCUUUGGAAUAAAUGGCCCCACCGCUUAUUCGAAUGGCUCCUCUCCUGGUCUCGGACUUCAUUUCAACGCCACACUAUAUCAACGUAUUUCCACUCGCCCAUUCUGGUCAAUGCUAUCUGCUGACAUCUUCGCGGGACAAAUCAUUGCCUCCCUUAUUGUCUUAAUCUUUGUUGCAAUCUUUCUUCUCAGGGAAUGGAUUUCGCAAAAUGCUCGACCAGGGGUAUUCGAGGAUGAGGACGGCGGUCUAAUACCUCCUGCCCCUCAACCUGGUGACAUCCCCGCAGUUGGACCAGAACAGCCUCCCAAUGUGCAGAUUCCAGAUGAUAAUGGUCAGGUUGCUCGUCGUGCCGUUCAAGAGGCAGCUCUCGAUGCACGACGUCAAGGGAGAGUUAUGCGAGCUCGUCGAGGUGCUGGUGUUGCUCAAUGGCAAGGUCAACGCCCGCGUGACCCAACAGAGAGGGACCGGGAUCUGGCUCUUCCAAAUGGUCCUCUCGAGAGACUUCCCUUUCCCCUUGAGCCAGUUCUUCAGCUUCCCCAAGUUCCCCGAGAGCAUCCACCGCCGUAUGAAGCAAACCAUCAGCUUCGGAAAGGAAAGUGCAGGGCGGAAGAAAUUGAUGAUAUUGAAGAAGGGUCCUCAGAUCCUCAGUCACAACGACGUAUACGCAGGAGGAUUCACGCUGAGGAAGACGAGAAUAUGUUUCAAGACACCACUGAUAGUCAAGCCGUUCAACCCUCUACUUCGCUCGAUGGAGAGGAGGCAUCAACAUUCCCGUUUACUUUCAGGGCUUCUAGCUCUAUCAGCUCGAAUUUCACAGAGCCCUUUGGGAGUAGUGAUCCUGUCGUUGGCCCAUCAACUUUCAAUAGGAAGUCUCCCUGGAAUACAGAGUUCCAAUUUGACUCGCAACCAACUUCGUCCUCUGUCUCUCCUUCGACCACUCCUUCCCUUCAUGUCAAUAUUGGCACUCCACUACGACGACCUCCCAUGGCAAACUCCACUGUUUUCGCAGAGGGUGCGACACCUAACAAGCUUCAGCCAAGUCCAGCUCUUCCCCUAUCAUCACCAAGUCUCGCAAUGUAUCUCGCACCAGAAGAGUUAGAAGCUGGUCCAUCUUCUGGACCAUCGGGGUACUUCGACGGCAAGGAACGCUCGACAGAGGAACUCGAAGAUGAAACUGAACGCUUCUUCCGUGAUCCGGAGCCAGCUAGCCCCGACUUGCCCCCUCCAUCUGACACACAGGAUCAAACCUCGAUUGCCACCAUACCGGAUACACCCUUCGAGGAGAAUGACGACGAGGAUGACGAGGACGAUGGGGAUGAGGAUGAUAUUCCGGCACAAGCACCUGCAGCCGAGGUUGAUCGGGUGCUGGAUGAUGAGGAUGACGAGGACGAUGAAGGCGACGACUUAGUCAACCCUCGCGACGAGAACGUUGCCGCAGCCCCUCAGAUCCAGGUAGUAUUCGACCAGCCUGGUGAAAUGGAUGAUCUAGAACCGGGAGUCGAGGACGAUUUGGACGGAGCUAUGGAAGCGAUUGGAUUGAGGGGGCCUAUCCUCGGCGUAUUCCAAAACGCGGUCCUUAUGGUUUUCGUCCUUGACACCGCGAUUGGCUUCGGUGUAUGGCUCCCAUUCACCUUUGGAAAGACAACUGCUUUGUUAUCGCUCGAUCCUCCACGGGCACUGUAUAUCCUGGAUCUCCCAAUUCGAGCCAUGAGAGUUAUCACGGAUCCUAUUGUGGAUUUGGUAACAGUCCUUCUUGGCCUGUUCGUCAUCCCUUGCCUAUAUUGGUCCGUUCGCUUGGUUUUGAAUAUUCUACUAUUUCUCGCCAGACGCAAAGUCAGCGCCGACGACAUCAUCCAGUGGACGAUAUCGAAGAUCACAACCGUGUACGAGGAUGCUGUCACUUCCUUGCACACACCCUCUCCUUCCCCUGCUGCUUCGUUGUCACAGCGUCUUGAAGACUUCUUGGAAGGUAAUUCGGUAGUUGCGCGGUACCUUCAACCAUAUUUUGCAAGUCUGGGUCGCGAAGUUCGAUCUGCCUCUGAGCAAUUGCAGACUUCAUGGGUCGCCCUGACCAUGGGGCAAGGAACCCGCGAAAAGGUAUUCGCCAUUCUACUUGGCUACGGCGUAGUCGGCGUCCUGCUUGCUAUUUACCUGAACGUAUUCACUGUUGGCAACGCGAGAAGUGCGGGACGAGCAAUCCGGAGUGCAGUACGGCAGCAGCUCCUAGUGGUCAAAGUGGCCAUGUUUAUUAUUAUCGAGCUCGUGGUAUUUCCCCUGGGAUGUGGUAUCAUGCUUGACGUCUGUACGGUUUGGGUCUUUCCUGAAGCCUCCUUCGAGUCACGUGCUGCCUUCUUCACUCAAGCCCCAUUGACGGCAAUGUUCUAUCACUGGGUCGCUGGAACCAUGUUCAUGUACCAGUUUGCCAUUCUGUUGGCAGGAUGUCGGAAUAUCAUGCGCCCCGGAGCCAUGUGGUUCAUUAAAGACCCUCAGGAUCAGAACUUCCACCCCAUCCGCGACAUCCUGGACAGGCCCACGUUCACACAGUUCCGCAAACUCCUCAUCAGUGCUUUCAUGUACUCUAUGGUGGUUGCGUGUGGAGUGGCAACUCUUGCUAUGCUGCUUUUCGUCGGUAACAGGUCAAUUUUCCCUCUCCGGUGGAAGACACGUGAACCGAUAUCCACCGUCCCCGUAGACCUCAUUUUCCUACAGUUUGCUCUGCCAUACACGAUGCGCUACCUCAGGCCCAGGAGAUUUUUCCAUCGGUGGGCUGUCCAUAUCUGGAAGCUAGUAGCUGCAAGGUUGCGUCUGACCUCGUAUAUGUUUGGCGAACGCCAUACGGACGAGGAAUUCACGGUACAGUUCAACAAUUGGAUUACUUUCCUCCGCAGGUCACCGAGCGAUAUUGAGGCCGCUAGCAAAACGCGUGACGGGACCUUCCGUCGUGUGCCCGCAAGCGACAACAUCGCACUUCCGAAGGAUAUGCGUGCGACUGCGGAAGUGCUGGAGGAUGGCACUCCCGUCGAUCUCGCUGCGAAAGAGCUCGUAGCAGCCCAAGAUGCAGAAGCUACGAAGGCCAAGCGUGAGAUAAAGAACGAUUAUCUCAUCGUAUACUUUCCACCAAACUUCCGGUUAAGGAUUUUUGGUUUCAUCGCAUCUGUCUGGGUCGUCGUUGCCGUGUUGGCUGCUAUCUUCAUUGCAAUUCCCGUGCAGCUUGGUCGUCACUUGUUUCGUUUGUUCACAUCGAAAGAGCUGCAUGAUGGCUACUCCUUCCUCGCAGGGCUCUACCUCCUUUGGGCUUGCUAUCUCGUGGCCAAAACUCUGGAACGCAUGGACAAACGCAGACAGCGAAGAGGCAGUGAUGGGCCAAGAGCUGAGUUCGCAGUUUUCUUCGUGAAACGGUGCCUCCUUUGGCUAUCCAAAAUCGCCUACAUGGGGGUAUUUUUGGGCAUCAUCAUCCCUAUUCUCCUUGCUCUUGUCAUCGACAUGUACAUCAUUAUGCCUGUUCGUCUGACUCUCAACCCAACGAUGGUCAUUCACAUCCGUAUUGUCGACAUGUGGGCCCUUGGUCUUGUGUAUGGCAAGAUCUUCAUGCGCAUCAACCGACGGCCACAAUUUGACAUUGGGCGUGGAGUGGUUACGAUCAUCAACAACGGCUGGACUCAUCCAGACCCUAAACAGGCCACAAGAGAAGUCAUCAUUCCGCUCGUCGUUGGUUUGUUUGGUAUGCUGGUCCUCCCUGCCGCUGCAGUGUGGGGCCUACGGGAAUUCUUUGAUCUACCCUUAAAUCCUAAAUUUAUGUUUAUGCACGCGUAUCCAGGCAUGUUCGCCACAGUAGGCUUCUAUCGGGCAUCGAUGGCCACGUUGAGGUUGUUAUCCUCCUGGUCACAGGCGAUCAGGGACAAAGAGUUCUUGGUGGAGAUGCGGUUACAAAAUCUCGAGCCUGCGCCGACGAGUGACACAAGCAAUUCCCCGACGCAUGCACGAAAAGGAGAGACGGAAGAUGACGGGCCCGCUUAGUUUAUUACUGGAGACCGUAGACAUCAUGACCUGAUGUAUAACAAUGUAUGUUUUUUCCACGUCAACCAGUCGUAGCGGAGGAGUGCGUGGUCGGUUGCCACAAGCCAGAGGGUGUGACAGGGCUCUAUCUGGAUUAGAAUUUGACAGUGUCAGGG